AUCCCAACCACUGCGGCAGCAAGCCACCAUAGCCACCCUUGAACACCACCAUUGCGCUAGAGGUCGCCCCUUGAACACCCACCAUGACCGCUCCAGCCUCUUCGAGCUCACUGAUUUCUCCAUGGCCACCGCGACGUCGACGUUGACGGCCAUGGAAGGGCCGUCGCCACCGUUUGGAACCGCCGGAUUCGAUCGAGCUGGACGCCGUGUGCCGCCGCCACGAUCUUGGCUCGUCUCGAAGUGAAUUGUAGUUCAGCCGCCGUGGGCUCGACCGCUGCCGCCCUCGCCCCUAUUUGGGCUCCGUUUUCAUUGCUCUCUCUCGCUCGUAACGGUAGGGAGGCAGGAAGGAUCGACGACCCUCUCCCGCGGCAGAAAAGUCAAACUGACAAGACAUCGCGCUAUCAUGAGUGGCGACUGUUCCACUCCCUCUCCCAACAUUUUCUCCACUCUGCACGAAGCCCGAGGCUGUCUUGGUCCUCGUCUUGCUGUUAUUUUAUCCAACAAAAGUAGCUUUCCCACGCCCAUUUGCCAUAGUCUCUCUCUGCAUCCGCCCUUUUCUCCACUGAUCACUUUCUUGGAGGUUGCCGACGACAGACCCACGAUCGAGGAGGACCUUGGACAGACGGAGCGGGUGGAGGAGUGAAGCAAUGUCUCUGAGACCGUCCAGCGCGGCGCGCAAGAACGGGUACAAGAAAGCAGUGAGCGGAGACGAGGCGAGGAGUAAGAGGGAGGAGAAGCUGGUGCAGAUCAGGAAGAGCAAGAGGCUUGACAGUCUCAAGAAGCGACGUAAUGGGUCGCUCCUCAUUGACAAUGCGCACCUCCAUCAUCUUCAACCCAAGUUGGAACAUCUUUCGCUGAUGGUUCAAGCAGUGUUAUCGAGUGAUUCUAUCCGGCAGUUAGAAGCAACCACACAGUUCAGGAAGUUAUUAUCGACUGAUCAGUGCCUUCCGAUCGACGAGGUUGUCGGAGCAGGAGUCAUCCCUCGAUUCGUGCAGUUCCUUGAUGAGUAUCGUUUUCCUCAAUUACAAAUUGAGGCUGCGUGGGCGUUGGCCAAUAUAGCUUCUGGGAGACUAGAUCACAUACAACUCAUCAUCCAACUCGGUUCUAUCCCUAAAUUUGUGCGACUUCUUAGCUCUUCUGUUGCUGAUGUUCGAGAACAGGUUGUCUGGGCACUGGGAAACAUUGCCGGUGACUCGCCAAAUUGCAGGGACCAUGUGUUAAGUGGAGGCGCUCUAGUCCCACUAUUGGCUCAAUUAGAUGGACAUCCAAAGUUGGCCCUGAUAAAAUGCACUACUUGGACUUUAUCCAACUUAUGCCGUGGGAAGCCUCCGCCUCCAUUUGAACAGGUUAAGCCGGCCUUGCCAGCCCUCAGGCACCUCAUUAAUUCAGAAGAUGUAGAAGUAUUGAUUGACGCGUGCUGGGCUCUAUCUUUUAUUUCUGAUGGCUCAAAUCAGAAUAUCCAGUUUGUGAUUGAAGCAGGAGUUUGUCCACGGCUUCUAGAACUUCUCGUGCAUCCAUCACCUAAGGUCCUGGUACCGACUCUUCAGGCUUUGGGGAACAUUGUGUCAGGCAACGAUGCUCAGACUCAGUUUGUAAUUGACAAUCAAGGACUGCCUCCUUUAUAUCAAAUUCUGACAAAGAAUUGUGAGAGGAGUGUCAAGAAAGAAGCUUGUUGGGUAAUUUCAAAUAUUACAGCGGGUAACAGAAGUCAAAUUCAGGCUGUGAUGGAAGCAAACAUCAUCCCUCCUGUUGUGAGCCUUCUUCAACAUGCCGAAUUUGAAAUUAAGAAAGAGGCUGCAUGGGCUAUUUCAAAUGCCAUCUCUGGCGGGUCCCAUGAACAAAUUCAAUACUUGGUGAGCCAGGGUUGUAUCAAGCUGCUCUGCGAUCUCCUUAUUUGCUCCGACCCUCAGAUCAUAAUGGUGUGCCUAGAUGGUGUGGAAAGCAUUCUAGAGAGCGGUGAAACAAACAAAGAACGGGGUAUUUUCCAGGUCAAUGUAUAUUUGCGCAUGAUUGAUGAAUGUGAGGGGUUGGACAAAAUCGAGGACCUCCAGAGUCACAAGAACAACGAGGUCUAUGAACAAGCCGUGAAGAUUUUGGAAAAGUAUUGCAACAAGGAGGAAAAUGAAGAAGAAGAAGAAUUACAUAGCAUUUAUUUUGGAGCUGACACGGGAUUUAAUAUUGGAAGACUCAGUCUCUCCUGAUCGGCACUUUGCUUUGUGAGAAGCUUUUUGUUGUUUGGCUACGAAAAGAUGCACGCAGUUGCAAGGUGAUGCUGUUCUGAUCUGUUGUUCACUGCUUGUUGCUAUUGCAGAGGAUAACUGUGGCAGCACAUUAGUAUCAUAUGCUACUGCUAGGCUGGUAUGUCUCACUUGUGUUUACUCGUUUUUUACCUUAGUAGUUUUGGUGCAACAUCACGUCGGGGAGGAAUCCCAGAGGAAACAUAUUAGUUGUGGACGAGGGGAAUGCUCCUUGAAGCAUGUAAGUCUAUAUAACACUAUCCAUGGUAACAAGCAAACGUUGCAAUGCUUUACUGGCUAGCCAUGGUCAAUCGAGAGAAAUUAAUCCUCCUCGAGCAGUGUCAGAUGACUAGGGCAUUGAGAUCUGUGAGAACCAGAUGACAUGAUGCAUGGCUUCUUGCUUGGUAAGUAACCGGCAUUGAUUAGAAUUUUUCUUUAGCUAAAACACUUACAGAUGUUUUCUGAGGAGGGCUAGUUUCUCUUGGCCGAUCUUAUGGAUGGCAUCGAUUAGCUAGCAAAACAUGUGAUGUUACUUACGGACAGUGUUAUACAUGAAUUUACAUUUGUUUGUAACAGGAAAAAUACUAUGCUAAGUUUUUUUUGUCAAGAGUAAACUGUUUCAGUUCCUCUGU